CAUGUGUACAUAGAAAGGAGCCUUACAAACUUUGUAACUAACCAGUGUCGUCAUUUCCAGGGCCAAAGUGUACCCUUUCAUUUCACAUUGUAAUUUACAAAUUCCAAAUUUCUGAGACCUGUUCUGGGCAUGAAUCACACCCUUUUCAAAUCUCUCUUGUUUACUGAAGGGAAAUUGGGUAACUGUUUUCUGAGUGGUCUCAAAUUGAUGAAAACAGAGACAUGGGAAGACUUUUCUUGAUCAAUCUUGAUGGAAACUUCUAUAGAUGCAAGCACUGCGAAACACAUUUUGCUCUUGUUGAUGAUAUCAUUUCCAAGUCUUUCCAUUGCAGGCAUGGGAAGGCUUAUCUUUUUGAUAAAGUUGUGAAUAUCACCGUUGGCGUGAAAGAAGAACGGAUGAUGAUCACAGGAUUGCACACUGUGGUUGACAUAUUCUGUGUUGCAUGCGGUUCCAUUGUUGGAUGGAAAUAUGAGGCUGCUUAUGAGACGACUGAGAAGUACAAAGAAGGAAAGUUUAUCCUUGAAAGGUUUAAGGUGUUGGGACCUGAUGGCAGCCUCUACUUGACAGCUCAAGAAGCUCAUGUUGCUGAAAGUGAUGCUGAUGAUGUUUGAUGUUCUCAUUUCCGGAUCAUCUAUUUCUUAAUUGUACUGAGUAGAUUGGAUGAGAAAUGUUGGAAUCCAUUAGAACUGAAAAGCAGUUGCAUGUUUGUUUGGUUGGAAUAGUUGAGAAUAUGAAUCCAUAUCUAUUAUUAGAGUUCAUUACAAUCUAUUUGAAUUUCUUUUGUUAUGAGGUUUAAUUAUAGGAAUUGUGGGUGUUAGUGGUAUAUGUUAGUUUUAUUUGUGUAUUUUCAUAUUGAUAUAGGUAGAUUUUAAUCAAUUGCAAGUUAUGUAAUUCAUGUACUUAAGGGAUCGAAGUAUGAAAAUAAUC